CUCUGCUUCCCCAUGUUUCGAUGAUGUCCCCAGAUUAACAUGCUCCCUGUCUCCUCCCAAAACCUCUCCGCUACUAACAGAUUGGAUCCCGAUUCAUAUAGCUUCGAUCUUUACCCCCAUCUCCAUGGAUCCUCCUCCGCCACCUCCAGCCCCGCCGCUGCAUCCCUCCGACACCAGCUUCCCCAUCAUAGCCAUCGCCGUGAUCGGAAUCGUCGCCACCGCGUUCUUGCUCGUCAGCUACUACGUCUUCGUCAUCAAAUGCUGCCUCAAUUGGCACCGAAUCGACAUCCUCAGAAGAUUCUCACUGUCGAGAGGCAGAGCUCACGAGGAGGCACUAAUGGGUGCUCACUCCCCUUCGGCGAUGGAGCGUCGGGGACUCGAAGAAUCGGUCAUAAGGUCGAUCCCUGUUUUCAAGUACACCAAAACAGAGCAGGAGGAAAAACAGGGGAAGUCGGCACCGGCAGGGACGUGUUCCGUGGAAUGCGCCGUAUGUCUGAACGAGUUCGUCGAAGAAGAGAAGCUGCGGAGGAUCCCCAAUUGCGGCCACGUGUUCCACAUCGAUUGCAUCGACGUCUGGCUGCAGAGCAACGCCAACUGCCCGCUCUGCCGGACCAGCAUUUCCUCCUCCACGGCGGCAGGAGUUGGGCUGCUGCUUUUCCCGGUAGGCCAGGCUUUUGGGUCAUCUUCUCCGCAGGAUCCGAGCCCAACUCCGUACCCGGAAAGGAUAGACAUCGACGGGGACGAGGACUACGUGGUGAUUGAAUUGGGGAAUUACGUCACCAAUAGUCGGCAGAGCUCCACGGACCGGACGCUGCGAGCGGCGCAGGAAAGGCUGAUGAAUUCAGGGGAGCUUCUGCCGACGCCGCGAAAGCUCGAAUCGAGAUUCGGCGCUGCAUUGGAUGAGAAGAAAGGCAGGAAACUGGGUAGUAAAGGGAUAAGAAGUAAAGGAGAUGAAUGCAUCGAUCUCACUAGAGGGAAAGAGGACCGGUUCGGGAUUCAGCCGAUUCGACGGUCGUUUUCGAUGGAUUCGUCGGCGGAUCGGCAGCUGUUGUUGAAAAUUCAAGAGAUUGUUCAGCAGCAGAGCAGCUGUAAUAGUGGUAAUAGGCAGAAUGGCGAGGUGGGUAUUCCAGUUGAAGGUGGUAGCAGUAGUUUUAGCAGGAGCAGAAGGAAUUUCUUUUCGUUUGGGCAUAACAGAGCAUCGAAAAAUGCAGUCUUGCCUGUAUCUCUGGAGUGAUUUUCUUUCUUCUUUUUGUUUGUAGUUUUUCUUGAUUUUCAUAGAUAGAGAAAGAGAGUAGAUUCUGUGAUAUAUCUUAUAAGAUUACACAUCAUUUGAUCAUGAAAUCCCUCCCUCCCCAAAUGCUUUACUUUCUUGCUUGAUUCUCUUUGGAUUCGUUUCUCAAAAGGCUGGGCCAAUCUGUUGUUGAAUCAAUCUGACUUUUGCUU